AUGAUAAAUGAUGGGGAUCAGUGGGUUAGUGAAGCUAAUCAGGCCCCACUUGAAUUAGAGUUUGUCCCCCAUGUGACUGAAAGUGGGGUAGGUAAGGAAUCUUUUAAUGAGACUUCUAACCCUAAUAAUCAGCCUCCUGCUUCUACUUUUCCUUCCAUCCCUACAACUGGUCCUUCUGAAACUUCCAGCACUCCAUUUGAAGCUCAGUCUUCUACCAUGCCUCCACCAUCUCCUUCUAUUGUGUCUCCUUCUUCUACUGUGCCUUCACCAUAUCCUUCUACUGUGCCUCCUUCUUCCACUGUGCCUUCCCCAUCUACUUAUAUUGUGCCUCCUCCUUCCUAUAUUAGUGUUAAUGAGAAAGGUCCAGAUAUAGAGUAUGAUGAGACAAAUAAUGGUAUUAGGGAAAGCUUAGUUGGUAAGCUAGAAGGUGAUGAACCUUAUUAUCUAAGUGAAGAAGUUCCUAGAUUUGAAAUAGAUGAUGAAACAGGUUGGGAAGAUGGUGAAGAGGUUGAUCAAGUAGUGCAUAAACCUGUUAGGAGGAAGAAAAACCCAAAUAGAGUUGUGUUUAAUACAACUGCUGAAAAAAUUGUAUAG